CAAAUCUUUGUUUCUCGAUUCGGUUAAAAGAGCUCUUAAGACAAUCCGAUUAAGCUGCGAUUUGGUUGAAAUACUUUUUUUUUAUUAUGCAGUUCCAUUUAUCAACAAGUCAUAAAAAUUGAUAAUACGGAUAAGUAUGGCGGAUUCACGAAGGUCGUCAAUGAUUCGUAGGCGGUGGCACGACUUGAAGCUGAGGAUCUGCCGAUACGUAUUCUACUUCCUCUGGGUUGUCAAUUUCAUUUUCACCAUUGCGGAUACUUAUGUAUAUUAUCAAAGGCUUAAGGAGCACAUUGGUUGCUGGAUGUGUUUGUUCAAGACCUAUAUGAUUAUAGCGAUGUUCCUGUCUAUUUUAAUGGUUCCACUGCUGAUCGUGGCGCUACCCUUGGUCGUAAGUGAGUUAUCCAGCGGAUUGCGCAUUUACGUGACAAUUCUAUUCUUGGCCACAUGGUUGCAGAUGAUGCUGACUAUUUUGUUAGCACAGGAAUACCAUGCUAUAACCGAUGUACUUCGAUUAUGGAUGAACGAUAAAAGCCUGGAGUUCUUUGAGUUUCAUUCGAAGUGUUGCGGCGUGGUUGGACCCGGCGACUACGUGCUGCUUGAGAAGAUGAUACCCCUAUCCUGCUACAAGGAUCGUAGUGGAAGUCCUGAAGACCUGUACAAAGCUGGUUGCUCCACCCGUUCCUUAAAGCCACCAAUCGUGCCGAUCAUUCAGGUGAUCUCUGUACUAAUUCAGUACGCAUUAGUCCUGGUCCUGGUGGUGUACCUAGUUAUCCUGAUAAGGAGCGAGAUCCGACGUCGCACUCUGUGGUCCGUGCGUACCACCGAAGUCUAUGGUGAUGAAAGUGAUGUAAGUGCGGAUUAAAGUUCCAUACGGAGUUGGGGAGUAAUCCGAAAGAGACGAAAGUAAGUGGACUUUAGUGUUACUUCCCAGCUCCGUCUGGGGCUUAAGCGGCAGACUUUCAUGUGGGAUUGAAAUUUGGAUUCGGUUUGCAUUUCACCCCGCCCUGGAAAUGGGUAUUGGCAUUGACGUGCUAGACAAAUUGGACGCUGCUGGCCAUCGUCAUAUUUCACGGACUGCAAUCAAUAACGAUAAACACUUGAGUCGCAAAUCCAAUGUCCAGAAUCCCGUCCGAUGGCAUGCAUAUGGAUGAGCCAAUAAAGAAAUCAACAAAGCAUGUCGGGCAAUUGAAAAAGUAUUGCAAAUGCCGGGACAGCCGGGGAUUUGGACACGGAAUUGGACUCCAAUCCGGACAAUAUGCAAAUGCAGUUAAGCAGAAUGUAUUCAAGGACGAUACAAAUCCACCACCCAUCCGCCGGAGUUUAUUUUCUUUUUAUGCCCCUCGCUCCGCGCAUAAAUUUUAUUGUUGUCAACAUUAAAUUCUAGCCGUGGAAAACAA